CACGUUUUCUCUCUCCUACCAUCUCACGAGCUUCAUUCCACAUCCCAUUGGGCUUCGAUUUCUCUCUCUUUCCCCAGUGAUUUCCCCUUCUUUCCACCCCUUGCGUUCAUCUCACUAUUUCAAAUUGCACAAUAACCACCCCAUAAAAAAGCCCUAGUUUUACACGCACUGAACACACUCUUCAGGAAAAGUUGAGGAAGGAAAAUCCCCCCUUUCUUUUCCUCUUUUUUAUUUUUUUUAUUUUGUUUUUCUUUUUUUUUUAACUAUUUUUUGGAGGAAUUAAGGGUUGGGAUAUAUGUCCUUCAAUCAAUCAAAAUCCGACAAGAGUGACGCUGCGUACCGAAAAUCCGGGCGAUCCGCCAGCUUCAAUCAGCAGCGAGGCUCCUCCGGCGGUGCAUACGGCAGGGGCGGCAGCGGUGGCGGUGCCGCACCUUCUCCGUCACUAUCCUCGAGCCGCAGUUUUAACAAGAAGUCUAAUAAUGCACAAGGUGGGCAAUCUAGGGUAAACCCAACCGUAGCAAGUUCAACCGAGUCUAGUAGUACUAAUGCAAACCGGACCAUACCAAAUGGUAGCCAUGUACAGCCUCAAUUUCAUGGAGGAUCUGAUGCACCAGUUACCAAUGCAACUAUCAAGUCACCCGAGUCAAAUGCCCAGAGAAGCAUCAGAGCUAUUCCAAAAGCUCCUACUUCUCAACCUCCCACCUUGAGUUCUGAUUCAGCUCCUCCGACAACCCCUGCUAAGGGAGAUGCAUCCAAGGCUUUCCCUUUCCAAUUUGGAUCUAUUAGUCCUGGUUUUAUUAACGGAAUGGCAAUUCCUGCUCGCACAAGCUCAGCUCCACCCAAUUUAGAUGAGCAGAAGCGUGAUCAGGCUCGCCAUGAUUCUUUUAAACCUCCAGCACCAGCACCGGCACCGGCACCGGCACCGGCACCUCCUGUUCCAAAGCAGCACUCAGUGAGGAAGGAUAUAGGUAAUAAUGAUCAAUCUAAUGCUGGGACUAGGGCAAAAAAAGAUAUGCAGUUGUCAUCAUUGCCUCCAGGAAGCCAGAUGCAGAAACCUUCAGUUGUUCCUUUAAGUGGAAUUUCAAUGGCAAUGCCAUAUCAUCAGCCACAGGCAUCUGUACAGUUUGGCAGUCCCAAUCCGCAGAUUCAAUCUCAGGGUAUGCCAACAGCACCUCUACAGAUGCCUUUACCAAUGCCUUUGGCAAUUGGAAAUGCUCCACAAGUGCAGCAACAGGUCUUUGUUCCAGGCCUUCAACCACACCAGAUGCAUCAAGGACUCAUGCAUCAGAGCCAAAACAUGAGUUUUACUCCUCAACUGAGCCCUCAAUUGCCCCAUCAGUUAGGUAGCAUGGGUCUAAGCAUUGGCCCACAAUAUUCCCCACAGCAAGGAGGAAAAUUUGCUCCUCGUAAAACUACUCCUGUCAAGAUAACUCAUCCUGAGACCCAUGAGGAGCUUAGGCUUGAUAAAAGGGCAGACACAUAUUCAGAUGGUGGGUCAUCUGGUGCUAAAUCUCAUGCUAGUGUGCCUUCUCAGUCUCAACCUGCCCAGCCAUUUACAGUUUCUCAUCCUAUUACUUACUAUCAACCCAAUUCCUAUAGUGCAAGUUCUGGCUUUUAUCCACCUGCUAGUUCUCUUCCAUUAACAAGUAGUCAGAUAACUCCAAAUUCUCAACCACCAAGGUUUAGUUAUGCAGUGAGCCAUGGUCAGCAAAAUGUUGGUUUCAUGAAUUCAUCAUCUCAUAAUUCGAUACCUGUUAAUAAAGUUGGCACUCAUAUCCCUGCCAUUACUGAACCACCUGCUCCGGAAUUUUCCCACAAUGUGCUUAAUGCUAUCUCACCAUCAUCAGGAGCAACAUCUAUGUCUAUUAAAGAUAGUAGUGGGACUGGUCUUGUGGACUCCUCAGUUGCCAAUUCCAAUAUUUCUGGUGCCCGAAGGAGUCACUCUGCUAGAUCUUCAGUAGCAUCUGGUGAUGCUAACUCCUCUUUGCCACAAAAAGGUUCUGAAAUUUGCUCUGAAGUUUCUUUGGAACAGUCUAAGUUAUCCAGUGAUUCUUCAGUUUUGAACUCACUGCCAAAACAAUCUUCUGCAUCUGCUGAGGUUACAGCUGCUCCUUUGAAGUCUUCCUCCGCUGUGAGUGCUGAGUCUGUUUCAGUUGUGUCUAAUGAUGAAGAAAAGGGGAAGGAAUUUCUCAGUAGGUCAAAUUCUUUGAAAGAUAAUCAGAAGGUACAGAAGAAAGGCCAAUUACAACAUCAGGUUGCCGUACAAUCUCCUACUGUAGCUGAUGUCCCUUCCCAAGCUGUUGAGAGAUCUUCGGUCAUAUCUGAAACUGUAGGAACUAAAACAAACCAUUCUGCCGCAGUGACCAGUGAAGAUAUAGCAGCAGCAACAGCUGCGGAUGAAGACACGCUAUUAACUCCCUCUGUUAGUAUGUCUCAUGCUGAAGUGAAAAGCAAUGGCACUACAGAACUUUCUGUUUGUGUUUCAGCUGAAGGGCCUGUCGCUCAAACUGGCUAUAGUUUGAAUAACAAUGAUGAGCUAGAUGAAUUUUUGCAAGAGGAUAAACUGUCAAAGGAUAAAGUUUCAGAAAUGGGUGAAAAAACUGAAAUAUCAUCUAUUCAAGGUUUCAAACAAGAACAUGAUGAAUCUACAAGCUGUGUUCCAGAAUGUGAAAGGACAAGUGAUAGUUUAGUCAUGUCUACCUGUAGUGCAUUGGGUUCUCCUAGAGAUGUCUCAUUGAGUAGAGAUGAUAUUGCAGUCAAUAGUGGAGCUGUUUCCGCAAGUUCUGGCACAUUAGACCAGCAUUCUGCUGAUGUUCCAGAAACAACUUCAAAACAUUUGAAAGAUAGUUUAGAGAUUGCUGAAAGUGUGGUUUCUCUUCCAGCGCCAGGUACUAAGGAUAGACCAAUUUUGGAGCAAAAUAAGGUUAAAACUAAUAAGGGGAAAAAGAAAAGAAGAGAGAUUCUUCAAAAGGCCGAUGCUGCUGGAUCAACCUCUGAUCUUUAUAAUGCGUACAAGGGACCUGAGGAAAAGAAGGAUGCUGUUGUAAGUGCAGAGAAAGAGGACAGCGUUUCUACUUCUGGAAGUUUAGAGCAGUUUUCUACUGGUGCUGCUCAGCGAGAUUGUAUAACGAGUGAGCAUAAAACCGAGCUUGAUGAUUGGGAGGAUGCUGCUGACAUGUCUGCACCAAAACUUGAAGUUUCAGAUCAAACUGAACAGGUUACUGACAGUUGUAUAGUUACAGUGAAAAGGUACUCUCGAGAUUUCCUUUUGAAGUUUGCAGAGCAGUGCACAAAUCUUCCUGAAGGAUUUGAAAUCACAGCUGACAUAGCUGAGUCUUUGAUGGGUGCCAAUGUUAGUAGUUCACGUGAUCCACAUCCUUCUCCUGGAAGGAAUAUAGAUAGGACUGGUGGGAUGUCUAGGAUAGAUCGGCGUGGAGGUGCUAUUACUGAGGAAGACAAGUGGAGCAAAGUUUCCAAUGCUUUUCAUUCAGGUAUGCGUUUGGAUGGUAUUGGAGGUAAUGCAGGAUUUCGUCCAGUUCAAGGAGGCAAUUUCGGUGUCUUAAGGAAUCCUCGCUCACCUCUGCCAUAUGCUGGAGCUGGAGGGAUUCUUUCUGGGCCAAUGCAAUCCAUGGGCAAUCUGGGAGGAAUGCCAAGAAACAGCUCUGACAGUGACAGGUGGCAGCGUGCUUCUAGCUUCCAGCAAAGAGGUUUGAUUCCUUCUCCUCAAAGUCCUUUGCAGAUGAUGCACAAAGCUGAUAAGAAGUAUGAGGUCGGUAAAGUGACAGAUGCGGAAGAGGCCAAGCAGAGGCAAUUGAAAGCUAUAUUGAAUAAGUUAACUCCUCAGAAUUUUGAGAAGCUUUUUGAGCAGGUAAAAGCAGUUAACAUUGACAAUGCAGUAACUCUCACUGGUGUCAUCUCACAAAUAUUUGAGAAGGCUUUGAUGGAACCUACCUUCUGUGAAAUGUAUGCCAAUUUCUGUUCACAUCUGGCAGCUGAUUUGCCUGAUUUUAGUGAAGACAAUGAGAAGAUAACUUUUAAGAGGUUAUUAUUAAACAAGUGCCAGGAAGAAUUUGAGAGGGGUGAAAGAGAACAGGAAGAGGCUGACAAGGCUGAUGAAGGUGAGAUCAAGCUGUCUAAUGAAGAAAGGGAGGAGAAAAGAACCAAAGCAAGAAGACGCAUGCUGGGUAAUAUCAGAUUGAUAGGAGAACUGUAUAAGAAGAGAAUGUUGACAGAGAGGAUUAUGCAUGAGUGCAUCAGGAAGUUAUUGGGUCAGCAUCAGGAUCCGGAUGAAGAAGAUAUUGAAGCUUUGUGCAAGCUCAUGAGUACAAUUGGGGAGAUGAUUGACCACCCCAAAGCCAAGGAGCAUAUAGAUGUGUAUUUUGAACGGAUGAAAUCAUUAUCAAACAACAUGAAUUUAUCUUCAAGGGUGAGGUUCAUGUUGAAAGAUGCCAUUGAUUUAAGAAAGAACAAAUGGCAACAAAGGAGGAAAGUUGAAGGUCCAAAGAAGAUUGAGGAGGUACAUAGAGAUGCUACCCAAGAGCGGCAGGCCCAAGCUGGUAGGCUGGGUCGUGGUCUGGGCAAUAAUCCAGUAAGAAGAAACCCCAUGGAUUUUGGUCCAAGAGGGGCAUCUAUGUUACCUUCACCUGUUGCCCAAAUGGGUGGAGUACGAGGGUUGCCUACUCAAAUUCGCGGAUAUGGUCCACAGGAUGUUCGUAUGGAUGAUAGGCAUGAGGCAAGAAUCCUAUCAGUUCCACUGAGUCAAAGACUUGGUGAUGAUUCAAUUACCUUGGGGCCCCAAGGGGGUCUUGCUAGAGGAAUGUCCAUAAGAGGCUCAACCGCAGUUUCAAGUUCAGGAAGUCUUAAUGGUUAUAGUAAUUUGCCAGAGGGCUCAGCAUACAGUUCUAGGCAGGACCAUGCUCCAAGAUAUAUUCCAGAUAGAUUUGGUGCUCCGACUGCUUAUGAUCAACUCAGUGCUAAAGAGAGAAAUAUGACUUAUGGUAACAGUGACAUGAGAAAUGCAGAUAGGAAUUUUGACAGACCUGUUCUAACUUCACCUUCCUCUCAACUGCAAGGGACAGUGGUCUCCCAGAAUCCUUCUUCAGAAAGGAUUUGGCCAGAAGAACGAUUACGAGACAUGUCAAUGGCUGCAAUAAGAGAAUAUUAUAGUGCUAGGGAUGAGAAGGAAGUUGUUUUGUGUGUUAAAGAUUUGAACAAUCCAAGCUUCCAUCCUUCCAUGGUCUCGAUUUGGGUCACAGACUCUUUCGAGAGAAAGAACACAGAGAGAGAUCUUCUGGCUCAGCUACUAGUCAACCUUGUGAAGUCUCAGGAUGGUACCUUGAGUCCAGCCCAGCUCAUCAAAGGGUUUGAAUCUGUUCUUAGUACUUUGGAAGAUGCGGUUAACGAUGCUCCGAAAGCACCGGAGUUUCUUGGCCGCGUAUUUGCCAAAGCUAUAACAGAGCAUGUAGUCUCUUUGAAUGAGAUUGGACAGUUAAUACAUGAGGGUGGAGAGGAACCUGGCAGUCUCUUAGAAGCGGGACUCGCAGCUGAUGUUCUUGGAAGCACCUUGGAGGCCAUACAAAUGGAGAAAGGCGAUACAGUUUUAAGUGAGAUCCGGACAAGCUCAAAUUUGCGGUUGGAGACUUUCCGGCCGCCGGAACCUUUGAAAUCAAGGAAGUUAGAGAACUUUAUUUAGAGGAUAGAGAUGCUCAUAAUAUCCUGUUGGAAUAGAGGGAAAAAUUAUUUAUGCCUAGUGUUUAUAGGAUGCUCAAAUUUGCUGAAAACGUUUUCUCCAUCAGGGUUGGUGAAGAGAAUUUUGCAUAUGGUAUUUCUGUCAAAUAUUAUUUGUGACAUCAAUGCAAUUAUAUAACGGGUUCAAUCAAGCAGCAGAAAUUUUAGGCUGUUGGUUA